AUGGCUUCUCAAAAUUGCCACACUCAAAUAGUUGAACUUUUGCUGAAUAAAAAAGUUGAUCCUAAUAUUCAAGAGAAAGAUGGUUGGAAUGCUUUAAUGGUAGCUAGCCAAAAUGGUCACACUCAAAUAGUUGAACUGUUGCUGAAUAAAAAAGUUUAUCUUAAUGUUCAAAACAAAGAUGCUUGCCAAAAUGGUCACAUUCAAAUAGUUGAACUGUUGCUGAAGGAACAAAUUCAUCCUGAUAUUCCAGACAAGAAAGGCUAUACAUCUCUGAUGAUUGCUAGUGCUAACGGUCAUAAGGAGAUAGUUAAACUACUAUUGGAAUGGAAAGCUGAUCCAGACAUUGAAGCAACUGAUGGACAUACUGUCCUAACAUAUUAG